UACUAGCAGACCUGCAUGAUAAGCUCGUACGAUGGGUUUGUGAGCGUCACCGUGUGCAUGGCGGCCAUCUCUAACAUCACAUCCGAAUCGGGCGCCGGUGUGGAGCUCACAGUCUAGCACCCCCAUGUCCCCCGCACACAGGAUAUAUGUUGGAUCGUACACCGACGCAAUAUAUACGCUGGAAUUUCAUCCAUCGCCCCCGGGGUCAGACUCACCAACUCUGGCGCUCCUAGGAAAGACCCAUGUAGGCCAAAACCCGUCGUGGAUAGCUCAACAUCCAUCCGAUAACUCGCUGGUAUUUACUGGGCUCGAACAAGAGAACGGUGAGAUUGCAGUCAUCAGGUACGGGGAGGAAGCAGAAGGUAUAGUCGUCGCGAGGGCGAGGAGUGGCGGCAGCGACCCUUGCUCGCUGCUCGCGACGGAGGACGAACUUCUUAUUGGAAACUAUUCCUCCGGGACGUUGGCAACUCUACCCAUCUCUACCGAGCCCCCCUUCGUGCUCACCCCGACGCCAUGGACGCUCUCUUUGCCAUUUGAAAGGCCUGGACCUAACAAAGCUCGUCAGGCUUCUUCCCACCCCCAUCAAACCAUCUUCAGUACCAUAGAUACCACUUCUGCAGAGAAGGAGCUCCUUGUCCCGGAUCUAGGAGCAGACAAGAUAUGGCGCCUCAGGAAAGGCAGCGAUAAUCGCUGGGCUAUCUGCGGCUACGUACAAUGCCAAUCCGGUGGUGGGCCACGCCACGUCGCCACUUGCGGAAAGACGCUGUACACCUUACUUGAGCUUACUUCGCAAUUAUCUGUGCACCCCUUUCCUCCAAUCGAUAUGAGCCCACCCCAGAAAUCACUGUCCACGCUUCGGACUCCACCACCAGCGCCGCACGCUAUGACUACAGCUGAAAUUCUGUUACCUGAAACGAACGCCACAUUUUCCGAGCCUUACAUAUACGUGUCUAACCGUGAUGACCCAAGCCCCGAGGGAGACACGAUUGCUAUUUUCUCCCUUGCGAAUGGAGAGGCAGAGCCGGAGCUUGUGACAGAGGUACGUACCGGACUAAAGCACCUCCGUGGUAUGUACUUUGGUGGAGAAGACAAUAAAUGGCUCAUAGCCGGUGGGACCGAGGGUGGUGGUGUGAAAGUUUUCGAGCGAGUACAAGGGGGAAAAGACCUGCGGGUAGUAGCGAGCCUUGGAGCGGAUGUCGUUCCAAAGCCUGCUAGUUUCUUGUGGGCAUAGCUAAUUCCCCAUUCUUAUAUCCCAGAAAAUUGUAAAGAAAAAAUGUUUUGUUUGUACGAUAGAC